AUAGAUCCUGCAUAGAUAAAGUAAAAAAAAUACGAGUACAUAAUAUAUAGGUCUAUAGUCCACGGUUUGACAGCUCUGUUAUUAUUCUGUUUUGUUUACAAAACAUUUUUCAGCCGUGAUUGACAAAGUUUUAACAACUCAGCAAUGUAUUGCAACUGGCGAAUCGCCGAACUAAAGGAUGAACUAAAAAAACGGGGUGCUUCUUUUAUUGGGAAAAAAGAUGAACUCAUUGAAAGGUUGGAGCUAAAUGACCAAAAUAAUAUUUAUGUUAGUCCUGAAUGCCGUACUGAUGAAGACCCAAAGAUGAAAUUACCAAAAACCUAUCAGGCUUUAAACAGCGAUACAAUUUUGCCUCCAUUGGACAAAACAAUGAUAAGGCAUUAUUUAGGCUACACAGAGAAAAAGAUGAAUAAUAUCAUGCAGUUAUAUGAAAGUCGAAUUUUACUGACAGUGAAAUCAUCUAUUGUUUGUGAUAAUACAUACAUUAAAGGGACCAUGAAAACAUUACCAAAUGAAGUUGAUGUAGUUUUAAAUAAAAGUGGAAAUCCAGAAGCAUCACAUUGUAAAUGUCCUGCUGGGAGUGGAACGAAUGCCCUAUGUAAACAUGUUGCUGUCCUUUUAUUUGGAGUAGAGAACAUGGUGCGUGAUAAAUUUAUUCUUCUCCAUGAAGAUUGUACACAAAACCUGCCAAAGAUUAAUUUAUCAAAUAAAAGUGUCAAACCAAAGAAACCAAUUUAAUUUUUGAACCAUAUCCACUCAAAAAUAUGAACAAAGAAGAUUACAACACCAGGUUCCGAAACUUGAUCCUUGGUUUUCCAAACUCUAAUAUGCUUCUGAAGCAACUCUAUGAAGCGGCAAGUCCUGAUGAUACAGUCUGGAAUGAUCACCAAUAUUGCAGUGAAACUCCUACAUAAAAGUUUUUAGAAGAUUAAAACCUUAAAUGAAGUGCCAAUAAUAAUUAUAUUCAAAUACAUGAUCGAUUCUAAA